AUGGUAUCCGACGGUGCUUCGUCCAUCUCCGUCACUGUUCGGGUUCGGCCUUUCACUAUUCGGGAGGCUGCGCAGCUUACCAAAUGUGACGAUGCUACCAUAUUUUUGGGCGAUGGUUCUCUUGCUGCCGCUCCCACUCCUAAGCUCUCCCAAAAAGGCAUCCGACCAGUAAUCAAAGUGGUCGAUGAUAAAUGCCUCGUAUUCGAUCCUCCCGAGGACAACCCUGUUCAAAAGUUCUCCCGCUCCGUUGUCCCCACUGGAAAGCGUGUCAAAGAUCAGACUUUUGCCUUUGACAGAAUAUUCGACGAAAAUGCCUCCCAGGCAGAAGUCUACGAAGCAUCCGCCAAACCCCUGCUGGACAGUGUUUUGGAUGGAUACAAUGCUACAGUUUUUGCCUAUGGUGCCACCGGCUGUGGCAAGACUCAUACAAUUACUGGCACAGUACAAGAGCCCGGUGUGAUAUUCAUGACCAUGCAAGAGCUAUUUGAAAGAGUCGGAGAGUCGGCCGCAGACAAAGUCACAGAGAUCACCCUUUCUUAUCUCGAGAUCUACAACGAAACCAUCCGCGAUCUUCUCGUCCCUGGAACUUCCAAAUCCGGUCUGAUGCUAAGAGAGGAUGCCAAUCAGACUGUCUCCGUUGCAGGGCUCUCAACCCAUCAUCCCCAAAACGUCCAAGAAGUCAUGGAUAUGAUCAUGCGGGGGAAUGAGCUGCGAACUAUGUCCCCGACUGAAGCCAACGCUACUUCUUCACGUUCGCAUGCAGUUCUUCAAAUCAACGUUGCGUCGAAAGAUAGAAAUGCAAGUGUGGAGGAGCCUCAUACCAUGGCAACGCUAAGCAUCAUCGAUCUCGCAGGAAGUGAACGUGCCAGUGCCACCAAGAACCGGGGUGAGCGUCUUCUGGAAGGCGCCAACAUCAACAAAUCACUGCUGGCUCUAGGCAGCUGCAUCAAUGCUCUUUGUGAUCCUCGCAAGCGAAAUCAUGUUCCUUAUAGAAACUCGAAGCUCACCCGCCUUCUCAAAUUCUCCCUCGGCGGUAACUGCAAGACCGUGAUGAUCGUGUGUGUCAGUCCUUCCAGUGCUCAUUUCGACGAGACUCAAAAUACUCUUCGCUACGCCAACCGGGCUAAGAAUAUCCAGACCAAGGUCACUCGGAAUGUUUUCAACGUCAAUCGACACGUGAAAGACUUUUUGGUUAAGAUUGAUGAACAGAUGGCUUUGAUCAACGAACUCAAGGCUCAACAAAAGGACUUUGAAGUGCUAGCCUUUGCCAAAUUCAGAAAACAGAACGAGAAGAAAGAGAGCAUUGCAAGAGAGGGUGUUCAGAGAAUCAGGGGUGCGUUUGAAAACUCUGCUGGUGAAAGACAGGAACGAAUUACCAACAUGAUCAAGUUGAAACAAAUUGGACGACGAAUCGCCAUGCUAUCCUCCUGGAUCGCUGCAUUCGACAGUGUUUGUGAUAGCACAGAGAACGACAAUGUUCUCCACAACAUGCAAGCUGUCAAGAAGACCGCCCAUGGAAUCAUGGUUGAGCUCGAGACUAGUCGACAUCAUUGCCAGCAAAAGGUUCAUAAAAGCUCCUGGGACCGCUCAAUGAAUACUGCCUUGGAGCACAGUUUGCGACAACUCAGUGAGGUUGAUAUUGGAGAUAUGGUUGACUCAGAGACAUUACGCCGGGAGGUUGAGUUCCUUCGAUCAAGCGCUGAAAGAGAGGCGCUGGCAGCCGUAACCGACCAAGACAAGUCCGGUGAUGCGCCAACCAUUCAAGUGUUACUGCGGGCUCUAUUUGAGGUCAUAUCUUCCAUCGAGAGCUUGAAUAGGAUGAGUGUGGAUGAGGCUGUCGAGGCAGCUACUCAGAUCCUAGGCAAGAUGUUAAAUGCAUCUUCCAGUGCUGCUUCUUAUGUUGUCAAACCAGAUGGCAGUCUUGCUCCGGUAGAGGCCUUUGCACCAACGAAAACAGGCACUCCGAAGCGACGAAAACAAUACAUGAAUAACUCAAUCUUAUUAGAAAACAGCCCGUCACGCCCCAAGAGCCUACCUGUCUUGGCCCCACAACUACCAGUUCCUUCACCCAAAGCGCCGUCUCCUCGAAGAAGGGGACUUCUCGGAGCAGCAAAGAAGGGCGUUCAAGUGUCUUUCACCCCCAAGAAGAAGAGAUCUCCAACCAAAAUUGCCAAGCGAGCAGUGAGAUGGAGGGAUGACACUGACAACGGAACGUUGGCAGAAUUUGAGAAGACUCCACAGAAAUUCACUCCGUCUCCCGCGGACGAGUCGACGACCGAAAUCACAAUACCUCAAGUCUCAGACCUCGCAGCUUCUAUUACACAGCUUCAAACUCAAUCUCCAGACUCUUCACCCAUUCCUCCACCGCCUGAAUCAACGCUUGGGGUACAGUCUAAGAACAGUCGAUUCCAAGCAGGCUUCUUAUCUAAGAAAUACGAUGGCUCGCCCCUUUCAAUGAGCAUGCUGCCUCCGAGAAUGACAUCGCUAUCUUCCUCGGACAGUGAAGGCUCUCCUUUGAGGGAGUUGGACGCUGGUAAAGCAUCUAACAGACGCUCGCUAGCCCCGAUGAACUUGAAUAAACCGGCUGCGGACACAUCUGCCGACAGUGACAGUGUUGGGUCUUCGGCCUCAGGAUCUGACGUAGAGAAUGAACGCCAAGCGGGCAAAGAAGAUGUCAUCAAAAUCCGAGAUGCGGUUAGGCGCUCAAGUUCGGUUCGCCGGUCUGGAAUUAACGGUUCACGGACUCAACGUCGUCGGUCCCCUACCGCUGCCACAGCAUCAUCUAGCUCGCCCCCCAGUGAGAAUAUGUUUGGGCCAAGUCACGUUCGAAGAAUGGUAACGGGUAAAACUGAAAAGGAAAAUGAAUGGAAGGUGGGUGUAUUGAGCCCCCGUGUACAAGGCAUUGUCAGUCACGGAAAGGGCAUGGGUGGCUUUCGGCGCACUACGUUGAAUGGGUUGGAUGUCCGAUCUACUCCAACUAUUGAGCGAUCGGGUGGCAGAAUGAGCUCUGUAACACCCUCCCAUGGUCAGACACAAUCAGUAUCUAGAGGCAGCCUCAUGCCCGGUGGCAAGGCGGUCUGGCGUUGA